AUUUGGGUGGUCCCAAUGUUUCGAAUACGAUAUUUCCUAAAGUUCUUGAAUGCAGCAAAAAAAGCUCCUGGUGACGGAGAGAAAGAGAAGCGGCAGGGAGGGAGCUGUCAACAUCGUCUCAUACCGUCUCUGGACAUAAAGCUCCGUGUCCGCGGAGAUAUGGAGACGCCGGGGAGAAUAGUAACCACACCGGACGCUCUGGACUUCACCGUGGAGAACGUAGAGAAGGCUCUUCAUCAGUUAUAUUAUGAUCCAAACAUAGAAAACAAGAAUCUGGCCCAGAAAUGGCUGAUGCAAGCUCAGGUUUCACCUCAGGCCUGGCAGUUUUGCUGGGUCCUACUCAGCCCAGAUAAGGUGCCUGAGAUUCAGUACUUCGGGGCUAGCGCACUUCACACCAAAAUCUCUAGGUACUGGUCGGACAUCCCAACAGACCAGUAUGAGUCCCUGAAGAGCCAGUUGUUCUCCCAGAUAGCCUGCUUCUCCUCCGGCUCCAAGAUGGUUCUCACCCGGCUGUGUGUGGCACUGGCCUCUUUGGCACUCAACACGAUGCCUGAUGCCUGGCCUGGCGCUGUGGCAGAAAUGGUCCGGGUAUUUCAGGAGGAGGGGGGAGGGGUGGAUGGUCGGGCACGUUGCCUGGCUUUACUGGAACUGCUCACUGUGCUGCCCGAGGAGUUCCAGACCAGCCGCCUGCCGCAGUACCGAAAGGGACAGGUACGGGGGGCUCUGGGUCGAGAGUGGGGGUCGGUCUGUCCCUUACUGCAACAACUGCUUCGACGAACAGACAGCCCCGGGGCGGUUAAAGCCCGCGUGCUGCGCUGCCUGUCAUCAUGGGUGCUGCUGGAUGUGCCCCUCAACGAGAGCGAAGGCCUAGUGCAUGACUGCUUCAGCGCCCUGUCUGACCUGGAGCUCUUUGACACAGCAGUAGAGGCUAUAGUCAACGCCAUUUCUCAACCGGACUCCCAAAGAUAUGUGAACACAUUACUGAAACUGGUUCCCCAAGUGCUGGCCCUCCACGAUCAGCUCAGGGAGGCUGUGCAGAAUGGAGACAUGGAGACAUGCCAUGGAAUCUGCAGGAUCGCUGUAACACUGGGAGAGAACCACUCCAGGACAUUGUUGGAGCAGGUGGAUCACUGGCAGAGCUUCCUGGCUUUAGUCAACAUGAUCAUGUUUUGUACAGGCAUCCCUGGCCAUUAUCCAGUCAAUGAGACCACUAGCUCCCUUACACUUACCUUCUGGUACACACUACAGGAUGAAAUCAUGUCAUUUGAGUCAGAUAAACAGGCCGUGUACCUCCAGGUCUACAGGCCAGUGUACUUCCAGUUGGUAGAUGUGCUGCUUCACAAAGCCCAGUUCCCCUCUGACCAGGAAUAUGCAUCCUGGUCCUCAGAUGAAAAGGAGCAGUUCAGGAUUUACAGGGUGGAUAUCUCAGACACGCUCAUGUACGUGUACGAGAUGCUGGGAGCAGAGCUGCUGAGUAACCUGUACGAUAAACUAGGGAGACUGUUGACAAACACAGAACAGCCGACAUCAUGGCAGCACACAGAAGCUUUGCUGUACGGCUUCCAGUCCAUCGCAGAGACGAUAGAUGUGAAUUAUUCCGACGUCAUCCCAGGCUUGAUAGGACUCAUCCCUCGAAUCAACAUCAACAAUGUUCAGUUAGCCGACACUGUCAUGUUCACGAUAGGUGCUCUGGCUGAAUGGUUAGCAGACCACCCAGUGAUGCUCAGCAGUGUCCUGCCUUUGGUUUUACAAGCGUUAGGAAACCCAGACCUUUCUGUAUCCUCUGUCUCAACCUUAAAGAAAAUCUGUAGGGAAUGCAAAUACGACCUACCACCCUACGCAACUAACAUCGUAGCAGUUUCUCAGGAGGUGCUUAUAAAACAGAUCCACAAGACCAGUCAGUGUAUGUGGCUGAUGCAGGCUCUGGGAUUCCUGCUUUCCGCUCUGCCUGUGGAGGACAUCUUGAGAAACCUUCAUUCCCUCAUCACCCCCUACAUUCAGCAACUAGAGAAGCUAGCUGAUGAGACGCCUAAUCCCUCCAACAAACUGGCAAUAAUUCACAUCUUGGGGCUGCUGUCCAACUUGUUCACUACGCUCGACAUUAGCAAGCAGGACGACGAGUCGGCUGACGGCUCUGCGCCACCUGUCAAAGCAACCCCACCCCCUCCUGGACCAAAUCCGGUGGUGGUCGUUUUGCAACAAGUUUUUGCACUCAUACAAAAAGUUCUGAGCAAGUGGCUCAAUGACUCGCAGGUUGUAGAGGCGGUGUGUGCCAUCUUCGAGAAGUCUGUGAAGACCCUCCUGCAUGAUUUUGCCCCCAUGGUGUCUCAGCUAAGUGAGAUGCUUGGCCAGAUGUACAGUACAAUUCCCCAGGCAUCAGCUCUUGACCUAACACGACAGAUGGUGCAUAUCUUCGCCAGUGAGACAGACCACUUCCCACCAAUCAAGGCUCUGUUUGAGCUGGUUACCUCGGUAACACUGUCCAUCUUCCAGCAAGGACCCAGGGAUCAUCCUGAUAUUGUUGAUUCAUUUAUGCAACUCCAAGCUCAGGCCCUCAAACGGAAGCCCGACUUGUUCUUGUCUGAGAGUCUUGAUGUGAAAGCAGUGUUCCACUGUGGAAUUCUGUCUCUUAAAUUUCCUGAGGCCCCAACAGUCAAGUCGACGUGCCAGUACUUUACUGAGCUGCUGCCGCACUGCUCGGACGUACCUCCAUUAGCCAGGGUGGUACAGGAGGAUGGCAAGCUGUUGGUGCAAGCUGUAUUGGAGGGCAUCGGUGGUGGAGCAUCCCGGAGUCUAAUGGACCAGUUUGCUGAAGUGCUGUUCAGUCUAAAUAAGCACUGCUUUUCUCUGCUCACUGUGUGGUUGAAAGAGGCACUGCAGCCUCCGGGUUUCCCGUCGUCACGCAUCACGACUGAGCAAAAAGACAACUUCUCACAGCAGAUACUCAGAGAGCGAGUAAACAAGAGAAGAGUGAAGGACAUAGUGAAAGAGUUCACGCUACUGUGCAGAGGUCUGCACGGCACAGAGUACGCUGCUGAAUACUGAAUCACUGCCCCACGACCUCCCAGCUAAUCAUAACCUUCGUCCUCAGUGCAAAUAUCCGGAUGCCACAGCAACAAAGUUCUUUCAAAGUCCAUAAAGACGUUGAGAAAUGAUUGUAACUAUAAUCCAUCGAGUUGUAGGACAAGACAUGGUUCCCAUUCCAGCACAGAGCUGCCAUCGGAUCAGUGGACAAACUUCAACUCCCAGCAGGCCUCAGAGAGGGCCUCCUCUUUGCUGCAUUGAUUCUUUUCACUGUUAUAAGAUUGAUUGCCUCUCCCUCCUCUCUUUUCUCCUUCAAAGGUCAUUUUGUUGGAAGGAUUUUAGCAGCCCACCCAGCAUGCUGCCUAAUGCCUCCUAUCUCUGGCUUGUUCUGCCUUUCUAGAUCUUCCUGUGGUUCACUAGGUUUGUUUGCUGGUGAUUAGCAUCUAUAUGAAAUGGUAGUGGUAUCGUACGUAGCUACUUGACAUUAUUUUUCAAAGUAAACCAAGUUAAUUAUAUAAAUGUAUAUGUAAAUACAAAUGGAAGGUUUCAGUCCUGCUGCUACUGCUGCUAAUGGGAUAAAAAGCAGCAAUGUUUAGGGGGUAAUUCUGCAGGAAGUUAGUACAAUAUUUGCUCCAGCUCAUGCCCCUCUGAUCUCUGCAUUUGCCAAAUUAUAUUAAUUGUUUUGUGACUUUCUAUUUCUUUUAUUAAAUGCCUUUCAUGGGGUGUGAGUAGGCAAGGGAAGCUGAAGACCACAAUGCUUGGACUUUAUACAGUCAAAUAACUCAACAAGCCCUCUUUAUAAGGGGCUGUACCUCAUAUAUGUAUAAUCCUAUCUAGUGACACUGCAGUGUCCUCCUUUACCCUGAAGUAAAGCAGGACUGCUGAAAACGAUGGCAGGAGCGAAAACGGAUCCCAGUAACCGGCACCAUGAUGGAAGCUGCUAAGAAGGGAACUAGGCAUUUCUGACAAUGGGCUGCUUAGUUGCUGUAAUCGUGCAAAAAUAUUUAUCCAAGUUGUGCAUAUUAACAGUUAAAGCUGAGCACUUGCGUAUUUGAGUAUACGAAUGUGUUCAUAUCUGUGUGUACGAGAGGUUUGCACAUAUGUAUCUUUUCCCCCACUUGUUCAGUGCACUUAUAUUGGACCUAUGGUACAAAUGCAUCAUUUUCAUCUUUUAUUAUAAGAGCCCGUUUUAUUCUUCAAACCAUGUUCACUCAGGCAACCCUCUUCAGAAAGACUGACCCAGAACAUCUAGCAUGUCGCGGACUCUGCAGCCAUCCCUCAUCUGUAUCGCCUCUUUUUUUCAAAUCAGACUCAUCCAUGUUAUUUUCACCAAGCACUGCAAUGAACAAAUGCUUCUGAACAAGCUACCCAGAAUCCUCUGGGUCACUGCCUUGGAGAGGGUUGAGAAGCAUCAGAGAGCCGAGCACCACAACAUAAGAUCCCUGAAAGAGAAGUUUCUUCACGCCGACAUUCUGUGCUCAUCCUUUACGCUUGUGAUGCUACGGCUGUAAAUUACACUUUUUGUCAAUCAGCAGCACUCGGCAUCAGAACGUACCUUGUGAUCUCUGAUAAAACUUUUAUCUCAGUAUAAUCCUUCUGUCUUAUCCGAGGUGCCUGCAGACAUGUAGCAUGUAUGUGUUUUGGGGUGGGAGGGGGUUCUUGGGGCUAAUUUACAGGGUGUGGGUUAAUCUGCAACAAUGGGUGAAGACAGAGACCCAAGGCAGGAAUCACUUUUGAUGCAAGCCGCUUCGCUUUAAUCCAGUAAGUACCGUGGACGUCUUGUCGUUCAACAUUGAUCCCUGGUUGUUUUGCGCUCUUGGUCUGAAGUGAGAGAAGGGGCGGUGUUUAUCACAGUUGUAGGCGGAUGAGGGGUGGAAGGAAUAAAAUGUACAGUAGUCUUUUUGUACCUUGGCUUUAAUUUAUUAAAUAUAUCUGAGACUGCAGCUAUUAACA